AUGUACCUCCUCGCCUUCCGCCUCAUCCGACGCAUCUUCUCCAAAUCCAAGAACCAAAACCAAGACCCCAGCGGAAUCAACCUCGACUACCCACCCCCACCUCAAUCCAACAUCCCCCGGCGCCCCCGUCUAAAGCACUACACAGAGCUCUUCCUCCACAUCCUGCAAGCCGUCUUCGGACUAACCACCAUAAUCCUCUACGGGAUCGACAUCCACCACGCACACGAAAAGUCCGAGUCGGCAGAUGCACGCUGGGUGUACGCCAUCGUGACGGGGAUGAUGGGGUGCGGGACGGCGCUAUUCUACCUGGUUAUGAUGCAUUGGGUGUUGAAGACGCGGACGCCGUUGGCAAUGCGGGAGAGGUGGAAUCUGCCGCUGUUUGUGUGGGAGGCGGUGUUGUGCGUGUUUUGGUUGACGCUGUUUGGCAUCUUUGGGAAGUUGUAUAUUGGGGAUUAUGAGGAUAGUAGUAUGGUGACGAGGAUGAGGCGUGCGGUUUGGGUGGAUUUGGUGGAUUUGGUGCUGUGGGUGGGGACGGCGUUGUGGAAGGGGAUGAGGUGGUGGAGGGGGCAGAGGGGGGUGUUUGGGGUUGAUGGCGUGGAGGAGAAGGAGGGGGUUUAG